UUUUAGAUUCUUCUUUCUUAGAAGACAUUUGUUGUCCUUAUUUGCUGAAUUUAUUCUCUUUUAUUUCAGAUAUCUUAUGGUGCAUUCAUUCGAUCUCUUAGAGGAAGCCCUUAUUGGAUGGCUCCUGAGGUCAUCAUGAACAGAAACGAACACAACCUAUCAGUAGAUAUUUGGAGCCUUGGAUGCGCGGUACUUGAGAUGGCAACUUCUAAACCACCGUGGAGUAGAUUUGAAUGGAUGGAUGCAAAGCAUGAAAUUGUGUUUGGCAAAGAUAUUCCAGAUAUCCCAGGUCACCUUUCUUCUGAAGCUAAGAGUUUUGUAAUGUCAUGUUUACAACGUGAUCCUUCUAACCGACCAACAGCUGCUCAAUUAAUGGAUCAUCCUUUUGUGCGUGAUCAAGCUGCAAGGAAAUCUAACAAAUUAAGUUAG